UAAUUUUUUCUUCUUUCUUUGCAGACUUGUCUCAACACGUGGUCUCGGACUGUAAACAGGCCAUGGAGCUUUUGGAGGAAGGCAUCGCUAACCGCAUCACUGCUGCAACACACAACCAUGACGCUAGCAGCAGAUCUCAUGCCAUCUUCACCAUCCAGUACACACAGGCUAUCUUGGAAAAUAACCUUCCCUCAGAAACUGUCAGCAGGAUCAACUUGGUGGACUUGGCUGGGAGUGAAAGAGCCGAUCCUCACUACUGCAGAGACAGACUAACAGAAGGCUCCAACAUCAACAAGUCUCUGGUCACUUUAGGCAUCGUCAUCUCAGCUCUUG